UUAAAGGUCAAGCGUUGGUGGAGGGCGGCGAGUCUCCCGCCGCUGCUGCGGGCGGAGGGUCCUGACCGCUCCUGAGCCGAUGGCGCCGCCGCAGCGGUGUCCUCUGUGCCGCCAGACUUUCUUCUGUGGCCGCGGACACGUCUACAGCCGGAAACAUCAGCGGCAGCUGAAGGCAGCUCUGGAACGGCUCCUGCCCCAGGUGGCGGCGGCCCGCAAGGCCAUCCGCGCCGCCCAGGUGGAGCGCUACGUGCCGGAGCACGAGCGGUGCUGCUGGUGCCCGUGCUGCGGCCGAGAGGUGCGGAGACAUCUGAGCCACGGGAACGUGACGGUGCUGCACGGGGGCCUGCUGGAGCACCUGGCCAGCCCAGAACACAGGAAAGCGACCAACAGAUUCUGGUGGGAGAACAAGGCUGAGAUCCAUAUGAAAGAGAAAUUUCUAAUCUCCCCCCAGGACUAUGCUCGAUUUAAAAAAUCCAUGGUGAAAGGUUUGGAUUCCUUUGAAGAAAAAGAGGAUGAGGUGAUCAAAGAGAUGGCUGCUCAGAUCCGCGAGGUGGAACAGAGCCGGCGGGAGGUGGUCCGAUCUGUCUUAGAGCCUCAGGCAGAGCCAGACCCAGAAGAGGGCUCUUCAGCACCCAGAAGCUGGAAGGAGACAAACAGCCAAAUAGCCUCCAGCUCACUGCAGCACUCACAGUUGGACCUGCAACGCGCUACCGAGCUCGACUGGAUGGAGACAGGCCAGCCUCUAACAUUCAUUGGUCAUCAGGAUACACCUGGAGUUGGUAACAUCCACUCAGGUGCCACACCUCCGUGGAUGAUGCAAGAUGAGGAACAUAACUCUGGAAACCAACAAAUAGGACCUUCCUAUGAAGAAUUUCUUAAAGAGAAGGAAAAAGAGAGGCUCAAGAAACUCCCCCCAGAUAGAGUAGGGGCCAACUUUGAUCACAGCUCCAGCACCACUGCAGGCUGGCUACCCUCUUUUGGCAGAGUGUGGAACAAUGGACGUCGCUGGCAGUCCAGGCAUCAGUUCAAAACUGAAGCUGCAGCACGGAACAAGCAACAGUCACACAAAGAAAAAAGCUAAUCUAAUCAUCACCAGGCUGGAAGUAACCCAUAUGAUCAAAUACUUUGCAAUUGCUUCUCUUAGAAAACAGGCACACUCAUUUUAAUGUAAUAAAGUUUUAUUUUUCCAAAUGUA